GUACUGGGCGGUGACGAACGUGGACUACAUCCACACGCGCAACAGCUCGCGCAUCGGCGCCAUGAUCGUGGUGGUGUGGGCGGUGGCGCUGAUCGUGUCGCUGGCGCCGCAGUUCGGCUGGAAGGACCCGGAAUACCUGGACCGCAUCAACCUGCAGCAGCGCUGCCUGGUGAGCCAGGACAUCGCGUACCAGGUGUUCGCCACCUGCUCUACCUUCUACGUGCCGCUGCUCGUCAUCCUGGUGCUGUACUGGAAAAUCUUCCAGACGGCGCGCAAACGCAUUCACCGGCGCCGCCAGCAGCGGCCCACCGUCACCGACCACGCCUCCGCCGCCGGCCGCUCGGGCGCCACCAACAACAACGCGCCUGCGGGCGGCGGCGCGGGCGGGGGCGC